GAUUGUUGACUAUCAAGGGAUAUGAGAGGAAGUUCAAUUAAUUUUGUUGUAAAAAAGUCGAUAAGGAGGAAAUUGAACGUAAAUUUAUUAGAAGAUGUACCACAGUUAGGUCCAAAGAGUUCAGUCGUUAGUGUAUCACCAGGUUUUAUGAGGAAUACACUCUAUCCAGCGAAGUUAGCCAGUUAUUUAGAUUUUACAUUGGCGGUAUCAAAUAAACCACCUUCUGCGAUAGAUUUAGAGAACAAUAGAUUCCUUAAGAAACAAAAGGUUAGCUCAAAGUUGGUUGAGGCCUUGCAUAAUAUGCCAAUAAACUCAGAAGUAUUGAAACAAGCUCAGCUGGAUUUGUUAGAGAGACUUAACACAUUAGAGAUUGCAUUCAACAGAUCGGUCACUUUAGUCAAUUCAUCAUCUUCAAAUCAAGCGAUCCAUGGUUCAAUUACAGAAAGGGAUAUUUUGGAUAAACUCUCUGAUGAAUUUGAUAUUAAAUUAUCAAACUUUAACGCUGAUAUUGAAAUUAUAGAAACACCUUUGACGACAAAACGCGGUUUACAAACUAUUAUAAAAAAUAUUGGUGAAUACAAAGUUAGAAUAAAAUUUAAUAAAGGAUUAGUUGAUAGAAAUGACGAAAUGAAAAUAAUUGUAAAAUCUUUAGAAUGAAUGCAGUCUUCUCUUU